AUGGCCGCUUCUUUCGCCCGCCUGGCGGGCAAUGCGCCCAAAAGACUCUGCCUCCGCCCCUCCACCAUUCUUAACACAUCCGUCCCCCGGCCCCGCUCGAUAGCUACUACAGUCCCUCGCCGACAUGCAGAGGCGACGAGCUACCAGGCCACCCGACUCAUUCCGACCGACCCGACCUUCACGCAUUUCGCCAACAAGGGGGGCCCUGAGGACCCGGAAGCUGCUGGCCUUGAAUCCGAGGCCGAGGAGAUCGACCGCAAGAUUCGUCACUACACCGUCAACUUUGGACCUCAGCACCCGGCUGCUCACGGUGUGCUUCGGUUGAUUCUGGAGCUCAAUGGCGAGGAGAUUGUCCGCUCCGAUCCCCACGUCGGUCUGCUGCACCGUGGCACCGAGAAGUUGAUCGAGUACAAGAGCUACAUGCAGGCUCUGCCGUACUUUGACCGAUUGGACUAUGUCUCGAUGAUGACGAACGAGCAGUGCUUUUCGUUGGCCGUCGAGAAGCUGUUGAACGUGGAGAUCCCUGAGCGAGCUAAGUGGAUUCGGACACUGUUCGGCGAGAUCACUCGUAUUCUGAACCACCUCAUGUCGGUGCUUUCGCACGCCAUGGAUGUUGGUGCCUUGACCCCUUUCUUGUGGGGCUUCGAGGAGCGUGAGAAGCUAAUGGAAUUCUACGAGCGUGUCUCCGGUGCCCGUCUCCACGCCGCCUACGUCCGCCCCGGUGGUGUGUCGCAGGACAUGCCCCUUGGUCUUAUGGAUGACAUCUAUCAGUGGGCCACCCAAUUCGGUGACCGUAUUGACGAGACGGAGGAACUGCUCACGGACAACCGUAUCUGGAAGGCAAGAACGCAAGGUGUGGGUGUUGUCAAUGCCACGGAUGCACUGAACAUGAGUUUCACUGGUGUCAUGCUCCGUGGCUCUGGUGUACCGUGGGAUAUCCGGAAGUCCCAGCCGUACGACGCCUAUGACCAGGUCGAGUUCGACGUGCCUGUUGGUGUGAACGGUGACUGCUACGACCGUUAUCUGUGCCGUAUGGAAGAAUUCCGCCAGUCGCUCCGCAUCAUCCACCAGUGCUUGAACAAGAUGCCCGCUGGUCCCGUGCGCGUCGAGGACUACAAGGUCUCGCCGCCGCCCCGUGCCGCCAUGAAGGAGAACAUGGAGGCCCUGAUCCACCACUUCCUGCUCUUCACCAAGGGAUACUCCGUGCCCCCUGGCGAGACCUACUCGGCUAUUGAGGCCCCCAAGGGUGAGAUGGCUGUGUUCCUGGUCAGUGACGGCAGUGAGCGGCCAUACCGCUGCAAGAUCCGUGCUCCUGGCUUUGCCCACUUGGGUGGCUUCGACCAGGUGUCGCGUGGUCACCUGUUGGCUGACGCGGUCGCCAUUAUCGGAACCAUGGAUCUAGUGUUCGGUGAAGUCGACCGGUAA